AGAUGGCGCCAGAGUGUCCUUAACAAGUAGCAGCAGCAAGUGCUGCCGAGCAGAGAGGAGCAGUGAGGAGCAGACUGUCGUCAGGAUACACCGCACUGAUGAAGCCACCGCAGGAGAUACCUAUCGCCCAGUCUUUCCUUUAAAUAUCGAGUGUCAUAUCACACGGGCCGUUCUUCUUUACCGUCUCUCGUGUGGUUGUACAGUCGUUUGGGGCUUUUCAUUUGGAGGAGCUGUUUUUUUCCCCUCCGGGAGGCUGAAUGGAAGCUGCAGCCGAGGGAGCGGUCGGGCUCACGGAGGCCAGGGACGGGAGCCCGCUGUCCGGGGCCGCAUCCUCCGAUGAUGCGGACGCGGUGGUGGGGGUUACGUACGGGAUGGACGCUGCAGACAUGGAUGCUGCUAAGAAAUCCUUUAUCACAGAGAUGCCCUCUUCUUCAGGUCAACACGGUCAGGGAAAGAAAAUUGGCCACAGAGGAGUGGAUGCAUCCGGGGAAACCACGUACAAGAAGACCACAUCGUCAGCCUUGAAAGGUGCCAUCCAGCUAGGAAUCGGUUACACAGUGGGGAACUUGAGCUCUAAGCCUGAGAGAGAUGUGCUGAUGCAGGAUUUCUACGUGGUAGAAAGCAUCUUUUUUCCCAGUGAAGGGAGCAACCUCACUCCGGCACACCAUUUCCCUGACUUCCGCUUCAAAACGUACGCUCCAGUGGCCUUCCGAUACUUCCGAGAACUGUUCGGCAUCAGGCCGGAUGACUAUUUGUACUCUCUCUGUAAUGAGCCCCUGAUUGAGCUGUCCAACCCUGGAGCCAGUGGUUCAGUCUUCUAUCUGACCAAGGACGACGAAUUCAUCAUAAAGACUGUGAUGCACAAAGAGGCAGAGUUCUUGCAGAAGCUGCUGCCUGGAUACUACAUGAACUUGAACCAGAACCCUCGUACGUUACUGCCAAAGUUUUUCGGCCUGUACUGCGUCCAGUCUGGUGGGAAAAACAUCCGUGUGGUGGUAAUGAACAACGUCCUGCCCCGCGUGGUUCGCAUGCACCUCAAAUACGACCUCAAGGGGUCCACCUACAAGAGGCGAGCAUCCAAGAAGGAGAGGGAGAAGGCCAGGCCCACCUUCAAAGAUCUGGACUUCAUGCAGGAUAUCCCAGAUGGACUAAUGCUAGACCAGGACACAUACAAUGCUUUGGUGAAGACUCUACAGAGAGACUGCCUGGUCCUGGAGAGCUUCAAAAUCAUGGACUACAGUCUGCUGCUGGGGGUCCACAACAUGGACCAAGCAGACAGGGAGCGGCAGAUGGAAGGCUCCCAGGGUGACAGCGAUGAGAAGAAGCCCAUGGCCCAGCAGAAGGCCCUGUACUCCACUGCCAUGGAGUCCAUCCAGGGGGGAGCUGCCUGUGGAGGGUCCAUCGACACUGACGACACGAUGGGCGGUAUUCCUGCCGUUAAUGGUAAAGGGGAGAGACUUCUGCUCUACAUCGGAAUCAUUGAUAUUUUACAAUCUUACAGGCUAAUCAAAAAACUGGAGCACACAUGGAAGGCUCUGGUUCAUGAUGGGGACACGGUGUCAGUCCACAGGCCGGGGUUCUACGCCGACAGGUUCUUCAAGUUCAUGAGCAGCACCGUUUUCAAGAAGAGCUCCUCUUUGAAGUCGUCCCCCUCUAAGAAAGGCCGCGUGUCUUUGACGGUUCCAAAGUUCGUUGGUCCUGCUGCUGCCUGGUCGGCUAGCCAGCUCUCCGCUGAGAGAGACGAAAACAUCUACGACCUGAGAGGAGCUCGCAGCUUCCCAACGUUGGAAGAUGAGGGCCGGCCGGAUCUUCUUCCAUGCACUCCUCCAUCUUUUGAGGAGGCCACCACAGCAUCAAUUGCCACAACUCUCUCUUCCACCACUUCUUUGUCCAUUCCUGAAAGAUCUCCCUCCGACACAGCUGAACAGCCUCGUUACAGGAGGCACACCCAGUCUCUCAGCCAUGACGGAAGGACUCAGGAGGAGCUGCGUGUGCGCGAGGAGGAUCAGCAGACCAUCACAGUGGAGGUGGAGCUGAAAAAGCAUGACAGCGAGCCGGUCAUUUCUGUUUCACAGCCCGCUCCUGAGCCCAGUGAACUUCUGCAGCAAGUGGACGGCUCAGAAGAGGCAGUCCCGUCCAGCUCUUUGUCAGCACCUGAAGCAGUUUCACCCUCUUCGUCUUCACCUGCCCCAGCUGCCUCCUACUCAUCAGGUCCAGCUGAGGAUGUGCCAUCUAGUCCCAAACUGGCGGGGAUGGAGGCAGACAGAGCCAGCCAGGUGUCUGGUUCAGGGUGCACCAGCCAGGCUUCGGUUGAUGACGAGGAUGAUGUGCCGAUCACAGAUAUCUACUUUCCUCCAGAGGACAGGACCUGGGUUUACUCUCCGCUACACUAUGGCUCAGAGUCUAAGGGCCCUCCAGAUGGGGACUGGGAAAGAGAGACAUAAGUCCUGCUCUCCAGCAGGGAAGAACGAACGCCUUCGGCCAAGGGACUCACCCGUCUGAAGUCCACACCUGAACCGUAGCAGCACGACUUCUGUCUGAACCAGGAUUUGAAACAUGCAACCGAAAAAUACCACGAGGAAAACGUGACUUCAGUCCCUAAAGGAGGGACGACUCCUGACAGAGAUGACGUCACUGACAUCUAACCAUCCAUGCCUUUCACCCUUAACAUUCUUAUCAGUUUUACAAAACGGCAUCUGUGACCUUCCCUUUAGUAAGUUGUGCUCUGAAAUGUGGCGUAGUAAGUUGCUUUCGGGUCUGUUUUCACACAGGCACAGCCCUCUGACACUCUUCAUUUCAAUGAGACGUUCAGUGAAGGGAGCAGAGCUGCAAGCAGCUGGAUGUGGCAGCAUACAGAUUUUAGUGUGUCAGCACAAAGUCUAUAAAAAUUAGAUGUAAAAUUAUUGACACCCUCAGUUGGUUCCUUUAAAAACAGCAUGGAUCUGUGGUUGAGAUUUACAGCCACCAAUGUUAUUGGAAUGACAGCAAAGCUGAAGCGGGAAACGGUGACACCAGCAGCUAAAAUAUUUGUUUCUGUAUUAUGGGGGGGUAUUCAUAUUAUGUGACCCCAACCCUCAGGAGGAUGGGUCACUUUGGAGGACAAAUUUACACUUUUAAAUGUGCAAAUUCUGGGUGUCAUUUUGAGUGUCAUUCCCAAUUGGCUCCCUCAAUUUGUAAUCCAGAAUAAAUGUCAUUUGUUACAAAGAGACCACAACAGUAUGUAACAGCCUUUGAUUCAAAAUUCACCACGACUCCUUUUUGGAACUAAGAUUUGAUUGUAUUGUUUAAUUAUAGAUGUAAGGAGUUUUACUUACAAAUGACAACCACACUGAUUGAAUCUGAGGCCACAUAAGUAUUUAAGCCUUUCAGUUGGAAUCUAAAAAGUUCACAAUAUCCAGCUUUUUUAAACAUUCAUUAGUAAGGCUGUAAAAUAUUUUUAACUAGUGAUUAAGUCACUUCUUAAAUGUUAUCAAUGUUGCUAGUCGACUCCAAUUCAAUUCUUGUUUAAUAACUUUUUCAACACAAAAAGGAGGGACUUAAAGUCCCACUCUGAUCAUCUUUUGAUUUAUUUUUAAAGUGUUCCCAGUGUUUUUUUAAAUUAUGAUUAUGCUGUUUUUAACCCAAAUUUUAAAAUCAUGUCGUUUUUCAGGACAUAGUUUCUGCAGAGUGGCAGUAGUUCUUUAGAAACACCUCCAAGUACCCUGUUGACCCAGAGUAACCCCGGCCCCACUUCCCUUCACCCAUCUGUAUUCACGCUAGUUCACAGCCCCUCACAACCCCAAUCUAAUGCUGCAUCAAAAAGUAAUAUAAGAGUUAUCCACCGUACAGUUAUGAACCAGCUUGAACGAGGAAAACAAAGACGUUCAUGGACCUAUUUGUCUACAAGUGGAUGCAUCAGGAUGGAGGUAUAAGGAAUAAGGAGACAGCUACAAGCUUUUUCAAAUGGCUUUUUUUUAUCUGCUCCUGAUCCACAACAAUUUGAAAAAAGAAGCACUCAAUCUUAAUUUCCCUUAUAAAUAUCCUCCAAUAUCAGAAAAAUGCAACAAGAGUGUGUUAGAAACAUCAUUUUCAUCUGAGUGGGACUUUGAAAGUGACAGAAGUUUCAUUUUAUACCACUUUGAGUCUAAUUGCUGGAACAUAAAAAAUGCUAACCAUUGUGUUUGUGCUGCAGUUUGUUUUGUCAUGCAGCUGAAAGCUAAAUCGGUCCUUAAAAUGUUUUUUUCUGAGUCAGUUAUAGACUUCUUAAACAUGAGGGAAGCAGCUCCUUGCAUCUCAUUUGAAAUGUGUCUAUGAAGAAAUCUCAGCUCCAACUCUAAACAUGCAUAUUCUGGAGGGCUCUGCCUGAUUGAAGCAGAAAUGAAAGGAAAGAAAUUGUUUUUUAAAGACAUGAGUCCAACAUAUUUAGCAUCAUGCCAUUUCCUGAAACGUGAGCAGAAAUGUGUCAAUUUUUGAUUAUUGUGUUGUUUAUUCAUAUGUCAUGAAAUGGUUAGGUGUUAUGUGCACCUUCUCACCAAAAAAAACAUAUUUUAUUCAUUGCUAUGUGCAUCCAAAGAUCUUUUUUUUCCACUGCAGCUUAUACUUAAAAGAUUUUUCAUAAAAACAUGCAGCGUUUUUGCAUUUGACACAUCACCACACGUGGAAACAGCUUAGCAAUUCCUUCUAGUUGUCAAAGAAAAGGCAUCUCUAAUCAGAAGAACAUCACCAUUACUGCAGUGUCUUCCAGAACCUCCCUGUUUUUGGACAGAUGCACACAAAUUCCCACUUUACAAAGACAGAAAUGCCGUUUUCUGCUGGCCUUCCCCACAACGGACAGUUCAAGUGUUUGUAGAUGUAGACCAUCAGUUGUUGUAUUUCAGUCAAUAUUGUACUUGUUAUCUGUAUAUAUGGAUGAACACAUUACGAGGCUGUGUUGGUGAGACACUGCAAAAUGCUUGAAUGUUUGCAAUUACGGGGGACCUCAAGAUGAACAUGUGAUAGAGGCCAAAUGAAUACACAUCACAUCAUCCAGAAGUUGUAUUUUUCAAUCUUUAGAUGAGACUUUUCUGCUGAGAUUUAGACUCAUUUUUAGGAUUGUGAGGGUGUUUGUGUUGACGUCAACAUUCAGUCAUUUUGGUUUCGUGCUCGGUCUCCGUGGUUCCAUCUGAAGACCUCGACAGACCCUAAACAUCCGAUGACAUUUCUCCGGUUUUUGUACGUUUCGGUGUGCUUGUAUGUGUAAAAGAGCACACGUCAUCAUAAAACAGAGAUCGUUUUGUCCUCAUGAUGUGCCGUGGCCAGUUGUUUUCACGUUGCUGUUAUUCAUGGGGAUCAAAGCAGCAAUAUUUUGUAUCUUUUAUUCAUUUUUUAAUGCCUUAUUGAGAAAUUUCUCAUCUGGGGUCUUUUGUUUAUCUUUUUUUUCACGUGUUUUGUUGUUUAUUUAUUUAUCUGCCUCGUAGUUCCUAAGAAUGUGUACAUAGGUAUAUAAAUACAUAUGAAAAUAAAACAGAUAUAUUUUCAUUUCAACUGUAGAAUAUCUUUAUUUGGUUUAAUUUUUCUUUUUGCUUUGAGGCAAGAAAUGAUUGCGGUCUGUAUAAUUUACUGUAUCAUAUACUUUAAUGUGUUUGUUGACAUGCAGCUGCUGUACAUUUAUGGUGUAUGAAACAGCUGAAUCUUUGUAUGAAAUCAGAACCGAAAGAUCGGUAGAUUUGAAAUGCUAAUCAGUAAGGAUACUUCCAACCGUUCAGCUGUGUUGUGUAUGUGUUUUCAAACCGCUGUGUACCCUCGUCCAAUAGGAAGAGUCAUUUCAGAGACAUAGCAUGAUUUCAAAAUGAAUAUGCAUAUCAAAAAAGUGUAUUUAUGUAUAUCUGUGUAUAUUCAUCUAUUUAUACAUGAGGAUAAAUAGAUGGCUGUGUGUGUGUGUUUGGAUUCGACCAGAAUGAAUAUAAAAUAAAGCAAUUCUAUGAAAGA